AUGGCCACACCAUCCACGGCCACCACAACCACAUCUACCACCACAACAACAACAGCCACACCAUCAACAGUGGCCACACCUGCCGUCACGACCAGCACUACAUCGACGGCCAGCGACCGGGCCUUCAAGUAUGCGGUGGAGGAGCGGAUCCUCUGCUUUCACGGCCCACUCAUCUAUGAGGCCAAGUGUCUGAAGAGGCUGGCGAUCGACACCCGGAACCGCUAUUAUGUGCACUAUAACGGGUGGAACAAGUCGUGGGACGAGUGGGUCGACGAGACAAUGAUUAUGGCCAUCAAUGAGGACAACCUUCGCCGCCAACAGGAGCUCAAGAGUAGUGUCGCCGCCGCCUCCCAGGCAUCCAAGAAACGCAAGGCUGAGGCCAGCGCUGCCGCCGCCGCAGCCGCUGCUGCCGGCGCUGGCGCUCAACCCGUGGGCAAAGACACCGCUCAGCCAUCGGGUAAUGAGUCGUCGGCAGCCAGACGUGCGGCCAAAGGCGCCGCCAAGAAUGGCACCAAAACCGGUGAUAGUUGUCUGACAAACGAUAACGAUAGCAACGGUUCCGCCGAUAAGAAGAAAAAGAAACGCAAAGCGAUGGACAGGUUUCACACGAUUGACGACUCGUUUACCGCCAAACUUGAGAUUAGGAUCAAAAUGCCGGACCAAUUGAAGCCCUGUUUAGUGGACGACUGGGAUCUGAUUACGCGACAGAAGAUGUUGUUUGAUUUGCCGGCGAAGGUAUCGGUGGACAAAAUACUCGACGACUAUUCGCAACAAAGAGUGGCCACCAAUGGGUCGGCCGACGAGCCGGUUGUGCGCGAAUUGAUCGCCGGCAUCAAAAACUUGUUCAACGCCAUGAUUGGCAGCCACUUGUUGUAUAAGUUCGAGCGAAUCCAAUACCAAGAACUGCUCGUUCAUCACAAGGACACCGACUCCGGCGUCCAGAUGUCGGCCAUCUAUGGGUCCAUUCAUUUGUUGCGUCUCUUCACGCGAAGCAAUAACUUUUUGGCUUACAUUUCGGUAAUCGGCGAGCCGUCGGUCAACUCAAUGUCCAAAAAUAUACACGAUUUGCUUCAAUACCUGUCACUCAAUACACGCCUCUUUACCUCCGAUGACUACUCCGUGGCGUCGCCUGAAUAUUGUCGCAAAUGUCUGUGAAUUGAUUGCACGUUUGCUGACAGAAAGUACAACCAUUUGUCUCUC